AUGUCCUCCACUCCCGCGCCCUCCACAUCGCUACUCGAGUCCUUCUGGGCAUUUGUCGGCGUCGCAAAGUACUCCCUUGUCGUCAUUGUUCCUCUGCUUUUCCUCCUCAACCGCUCUCACAUUCGCUCGUCCACGCGUGAAAGGAUGAUCCGCGCACAAGCAGAAGAGGCCGCCCGGGAGGGCGAGAAGGGAGAGAAAAAGACGAUUAUGCAGCCCGCCAGGACAGACCUUCUCCCGCCCAAAGACGAGCGCUACACGCUUGCGCAGCUGGCAGAAUUUGACGGCAAGGAUGGGCGGCCAAUCUAUGUCUCGAUAAAAGGCACCGUCUUCGACGUCACCCGCAACGCUGCUGUCUACGGCCCCGGCCAGUCGUACGCCGUUUUCGCCGCCAAGGACGGCUCCCGUGGCCUCGGAAUGUCAAGCUUGAAGGAGGAGGAUGCAGUCCCGGACUACAGUGUAUUGGAUGAGAAGGACCUCAAGGUCUUGAAUGACUGGCAUUUGUUUUUUGUAAAACGAUACAAUAUUGUGGGCAAGGUGACAGACCACCCCACGAUCCUGGCGCAGGAGGCGGCGGCGGCGGCGGAAGCUCAAAACACGUCUUCUUAG